AUGCAAUCGCUGCUUCCUGAAGUUGGCCGGGGACUAUUUCUGCACCCGGCCGUCGUCGCCGUCUCGUCCUCGCACCAUAUCUCCCAGCCUGCAAUUUUGGAUAUAUUCAGUAUGACCGACUGCCUCUAUCGCAAUGGAACAGGAGGCGAUGCUUUUGCUAUGGUUGCUGCGAGGCACGCAAUGACCUCUUCGGAAGUUGGUUCUGAAAACUAUGGAGCUCUACCAUCAUCGUACCGCCGAGUCCGCAAGUCGAAAUCCCUUGUGGCAUUUCCCAACGGCAAUCUUCGUCUGCGUCUCCAACGCUCCAUUCCUUUCCUGCGGCGCCAGAGCACCACCACGUUCUACAAAGGUUCAGACGGUGCUUGGGAGAGACACGAAGAAGCAGUCCAGAUCGCUAGGGCACAGUUCCUCGAUGGCUCUGGCCAAGGAGACCUGCAGGAGACAGAACAGCACAUGCCUCGGAAAGUGAAGAGGAGAACGGAGCACAAGUUCAGGAAGACUGUUCGGAACAGCGGCUGUCUCGAGGCCGAGCAGCCGGAUACCGCAGCCACUAGAUCGUUCUCACUCACUUUUCGCAAUAGAGUGCGCAAGGUCCUUGGGAAAUCCCUGGGUAAAAAGGACAGCCUGCCUCCACAACAGCUGGAGGCUCAGCGCAACCACUUCUCCGAGUUUGACAAGGAGUCUACGCUUGUCAGCGGGUUUGACGCAUACCAGAUUACCGACGACGGUCUCACUCCACGUCGAAAUGAGUAUUCCCGGCCGUUCCUCGAACAUGAUCCGCUCGAAGACCUCGACAAGGUGCCAUAUACUGUGCAUUCAGCUGCAAGUCGUGAAAGCCUCCAUUCCAACACACGAUCCCGGGUCACCAGCUGGACCAACUCCAGCAUCACCAGCUCGAUUGGGUUACGGUCUGUUCCUAUAGAGCGCAAUCGGCUAUCGAUCAUCAAAGAGGAUGGCGGCCCGCACCAGCCAUCGUCCUCUGCCGGCAAGCAUAUUGGCGGAGUCGAGGUUUUCCAUGAGCCGUUGCAGUCAGCCACGAAUAACAGCCGGGCUCUACCGGCAGUGGAUAGUCAGCGAGUCUAUUCAGCAUUGAUCAAACGAAUCAACCAGGAAGAGGCUGAAGUCGAGAGGACGCGCAUGGCGCUGGAAGCCAUCAAUCAAGGCCGCGAGGCGAACAACACAGAAGUCGCGGACGCGAAACCCACCAUCAGAGCCGUUCAGAGUGAUUUUUCGCUGGCCACAAUGACCGGGCAUAAUCCGAACCCGCGGUCGAGCAGCCAGUCUGGCUCAUGGCAUCAAUCUGCAAGUACGAAGGCGGAUGAGCAACAUAAGGUGAAUGCUGACAAGAGAUGGGAGCGGCUGGCAGAACAAGAGUCGCAGUCGACCUUUUUUCCAUUCUCGAGCGAAAAGAACCCCAAUGCUCCAAGUCCUUUCAAAAGGUUCCUCAACGAGAGGCGUCACCGCAGCCGCAGCAGCAGCGGUCGUGGCAACGGGGCAGAUUUGGACAGCGGCAGCGUUAUUGUCAAUCGCCAGUCGAGCAAUCCCGUGAUGAACCGCCCUCAAUACGGUCUGAGCAGUGCCAGCAUCUAUUCACGAACAACGAAUGGCGGAUCUAAUGAGCAAUACCAACAGCCAUUCGAAAGCUCGGACGAGCUCCAGACAACUGGUCUGGCAGAGUCGCAAACGAACGGUAUGGCAACCAUUUUGGCAACAUCUUUUGCUUCGACCAUGAAUAGCCAAUGGAACCCAUGGUUAGAUACUGUGAAACAGCAGGAGCGCACGCCAGAUAGCAGUUCAGGUUCGCAUACGCGAGAAAGAACUCAGAUCAACUCGGAAGAGGAAGCUAGAGAUGAGGAAGAAGUUACCUCUCGGAUAGUGGCAAGGUCAGCAAGCACCCGUCUUGUGCAGAGUCGAGAUCCCCCGGCCAGUUUCGGCGCUGCUUCAGUGUCCGGCACUUUGAAAGAGCAAAAUGCCACUACUUCCGUCGGAACUCACGCCGAUCUGCUCAAAAGGGUCAGCGCCGACGCUUUGAGCAGUCUGUCCAACAAAGCCGAAGAUGGAAGUAAAGGCAGCGGAAGCCUACGAAAAUUGAGCCCCGCAAACAUUGCAAAGCUCUUCAAAGAGAAGAGGACCCAGAGAUCACUUGAACCUCAACGUGCUGGCAAGGAAAACAGUCCGCUGGCGCAACCAGAUUCUCCACCCGUGAGUUCACCAGGAAGACUGCACUUGCAGUUCCGCAAUGGUACCACGAACGGGCGCCUACGCAAGAGGAAUAGUGAAACCGGGUUCGAUGCUGGAAAUAUCUACUCUACCCCUCAUGAUUCUAUCUCAACCACGCCCAGCAGAUCGCAUGAAAGCCCCAGCGACAAUGUCAAGGCACACCUGGUCGCCCGACUCAGCCGGCCGUUUAACAUGGAUGUGCCCCCACACAAUCGUCCGUUUGACAGUAUGUAUUUGGGUAAGAGAACGCCGGGUCAUCCAGACACGUUUGGGAGCAACAGGCUGAGCGUGGCAUCUCGGUCCAAAUUCGACGGGGCGGGCCUGGACCUGCAGACUGACCUGGGAGAUGGGAAUGAGGGGGCAACUGCACUUCCGUCUCAAUCUUACUCUGUGGGAAAGAGUGCAGCCAGAAUGCUGGGCCUCCUGGGUAGCAAGAGAAUGGUCAGCAACUUCCUGAGAAGCCGACGAGGGGAAAGAAGUACAAGUGCAGGUGAACAUAUUUUGGGCGAGGGAAGUCCAGCAUUUAUCUAA